CACUUCAUCAACCAACAAGAAAAGCCAACAAGUCCAGUGUUUUCCAAAACACAGAUAAGUGGUUGUUUGAAUGGAAGAAGCAAUAUGGAAUGAAUGUUGGCAGGAAAAGUAAUUUGUUUCCUUUCGAAACUUAUACAAAAUUGCAACUCCCUCUGUUAGAGCCGACUCUCUUGCAUGAACUAGGGAUUUUCAAUGAAAACGAAAGCAUCAAACGAAAGUAUUUGGAUUUAUCAGAGGGCAUAGACGAGGUUUCUUUAGCGAAGGACAAUACACUGCUGGGAAAAGAUGUCUUCUUAGGUGUUUCAAACUCGUCUGGUUUGAUCAACUACAAGGCUGAAGGGAAGGAUGAACAUAGGGAUGAAAGUUAUUUCUUCGAAUCUUCUACAGACAGGAAGCGGAUAAAAUCACAAAGUCCGGAUUUAGAAUCUUCGUCCUAUGACCAAAGCGCUUUCAGUGAUUCGAGCGUUUUAGGUUAUUAUUCGAAUUGGGAAGGUACAAAUUUUGUCGCGAAAGAAGCAAAGACACCAUUCUUUACAGAAUGUCCUCCUUUUAUCUAUGACGAGUUUUUACAUGAAGAUGGCUCUCCCGAUGUUCCAUCUGUUCAACGGAUUUCAUCUCAACAGGUUUAUUUAUCAUUAUGUGCUUUGAUUCAAGGAUUCGAAACUUCUUUAUUCCUUUGGAAUGAUGAAAAUCUAACCUUUCUUGUGCCCAACUGUGUUUCUAUGUCAGGAACAUCUCAGCUUUCCUUUACGAGUUUCGCUGCAAAGUUUGUUUCUAUUGGCAAUUUAAUACGCAAAUCUUUAAAGAAAAUUAAUACGCCAGUGUCAAUUGCUCAAUUUUACUUGUUUAAUUUCUGUUCCAACGGUAUUACUCAGUAUCGUAAUAAGUUACAAGCUUGGUUAUUUGAAAAUCACUCACCAAUGUGUGGAAUUUUAUCGCUUAUGAGUUUUAUCCAAAAUUUUCAUCCUUUGUUCCAUAUACUUGAAUAUGUUUUGCAUAUUCCGCCUUCUCGACAAGAUGCUGUAUCGAUAAUGAAUGCUCUUUAUGAUUAUACAAAUAUGUGCCAGAAUACCAAAGAUUAUCCGGUAGCUUUGCAGUGUCUUGUUUAUUGUUCUGACCCCUUUUUUCUAAAAUUAAAUACGACAUUGGACUUUACUGUUUCAAAUAAGCACAUACAAAACUAUAUCAAGUCAUUUCCAAACUUUUUCCCUUCUGAUCUCGCUUUGCUUCUUUCUGAAUUUUUAAAGUCUUUCACUAUGAUUCAAGAAUAUCCUGCAUUCUAUGAAGCAUUACGGCCAAAGUUAGCUACUCCUUUAAAAGCUGGUUUCUCCUUUGGUGAAAACUUUCUACAUCUCCAACCAAAGGCAUCACUAAAUUUAUCAGUAAACGAGUUUUCAACUGAGAAAUUAUACCUAGGUGAAGAAGAUGAUUUUGAAGUCAUGCUACAAAAGAUGAAUAUGACACCAAAUGUCGAUGAUGAACUUCCUGCAUUGCAUUUUCGAGAAGGUACAGAUAGAACGUUACCAUUGAAUCUUAUAAUGCAGUUAUGUGUCUAUAAUCCGAUUCAGGACUACAUUUUAGUACUUAUGCGAACCGUGUAUCAUUCCUUAUUCACGACGUGUUUUGCUGCUCAGGUAUUUUCAUUACUACAAAACGUAUGCUGUUUUCAGAGCUCAUCUUUUGUUGACGAAUUAAUGUCCUAUAUACGGGACGAUUUCCUCAGAUUAGAUGAUUCAAGCUCAUUUGAACAUGCAUUGUUGUCGUUUGCGUCUUCUUCUAACCAGUUUACAAUUCACGAAAUCGAACGUCUUGGGUUAGAUGUAUUUGCGAGCUCUCAUAUUCAAGUCUUUUUACACUACAACAAAGGAGAAACCCGACCUAACACGUUCGGCGCUUUAAGUCUAAAUUGCCGGAUUUCAGGACCGUUACAAAUGUUAUUCCCAGAAAAAGUAUUGUAUCUCUAUUCUGAAAUAUUUUCCAGACUAUCCUAUUUCUUUGAACAAAAAGCGUCCAUCGAAUAUGAAUUUCAACAGAGUCAGCAGCUUUGGGACAAGAAAGCCAGAAUUCAAAAAUGGUUUUUUUACCAGAAUAUUAAAAAUGUCGCUUAUGAUCUAGUACAUGUUAUUAUUCCAGAAGCCAUGUCUUCCUUUACCAAGUAUUUCCUAUCCCUUUCCAACUUUUCGUCAGACACACCGAUCAGCUAUUUUCCUUCUGAGAUAAAUGAGAAACAUACAAAAAUCCUGACUAAUAUAAUGAAAGACAUAGAAGCCAAGAUAGAUUCCUUCGACAAUGCAAAGGAAACGAGUGUUAAAUAAGAAUUUUCUAAUGCUACACUUAGACAAUAGACUUUCGUAGAAAUAUGAUUUGAAUAAUUAUUAAAUAAACAAUCAGU